AUGUGUGCCUCAAUCAAGUUUCUAGCCUUGCUCGUCUUUGUAGUUGCGUCGCAAAUUUCAAGCAUCUCUGCAAAUCGUGAGAUUAUCGGACUAAUAUCGCCCUACCGCACCCUCUUGAAUGAUGAACCCUCUCCGUCGCCUCUCCAAGACGAAUCCUCUUCCUUACCUCCGUAUGAGUAUGAACCCCCGUUUACAUGGGACGAGGUUCGAGGGUCGAUGUCGCCAUGCCUGCCCUUCCUUGUCGGUAUGGAUUCCGAUCCAUCGCCGACUUGUUGUGCUGGUGCUAAAACUCUUGUUGGAAGAACAAAAACCAAACGAGAUGAACAAGAACUAUGCUUGAGCCUUAAACUAAUAUUGCCACUACAUGGUCCGUAUGACCCUAAACAAUUAACUCUACUUGGCGAGAAAUGUGAUGUUAAUUUUCCUUUUCCUCCUAUUAUUGGCGAUACAGAUUGUUCCAAGUAA